CCUCCCUCGGUCCCUCCUCUUCGCGCCUUCUUUCUCACUCUUUUCCCCUUUCUCUGUCUUUCUGUUUAACAACCUAUAUAAAAUUACACACUUUUCUUUCUUUUCUGUUUAUUACACAUAAAAUUUAUUCAUUUCCAUUAAAUUUGCCCUUUUUUAAUUUCAUUUAUUUUAAAUUCCUUAUUUACGUUCUCUAUUUCAUGAAACAUGGAUACUACAGAACAUUCAGCUGCCACCCAGAUUAAUAAUCAACAGAUGGGAGAAUCAACUGAAAUUACUGAAGAAAAUUCGACUGGCCAACGCAGUAGGCCACUCCCACAACAUCUUUUCCUAGAAAUACCAUCAGAGAAUGUUCAAAGUUCCCCAGAGGAUUCUGUGAGAAUAAAUGUUCUUCCAACACCCAAAAGAGUGAAUUUCUCUCCGAUGCACAGCCCUGCCGUUGCUGGUUUAACCAGAUCUUCAAGCUCCAGCAUGCGUAGGGACAAGUCAUCAAUUAAAAGUCUCCUCCCUAGACUUAGUUUCAAGUUCAGAAACUCCUCUACAGAGAUUGAAAAUGCUGCCUUUCUAGCCCUCAGUUCUCCUUCUGCUGUGAGAGGGGGGAGGCCGCGAAUGAUGAGGACAUUUUCUCUUUCAAAGCUAUUUACGCCAAAAGGAAAUAAAGCUUCAUCCUUGCCUGUUACUCCAAUUGCACACUCUAACCCAGGGUCCACUAAUGGAAGCAAUAAAGGACGGAUCCAAUUACCUAUUCAUCGUUCACAUUCUGUUCCAGCUCUUACAAAAGAUGGUAGUAUACGGCAGGUGGAUUCUUUUGGUGGGGUAUUUCGUGUAGUACCAAUAACUCCGCGUGCUAAAGAUGGACCCCCAGUGGCGUCAGGUGCAAGUGCAAGUGCAACUGAUGCUGAUGAAAAUGAUGAUGAUGGUGAGGACAUUCCUGAAGAGGAAGCUGUUUGCAGAAUUUGCUUUGUUGAACUCGGGGAAGGUUCAGAGACACUCAAGAUGGAAUGUAGCUGCAAAGGUGAACUUGCUUUGGCUCACCAAGAAUGCGCUGUUAAAUGGUUUAGCAUCAAAGGGAACAAGAUUUGUGAAGUAUGCCAGCAAGAGGUUCAAAACCUUCCUGUAACACUUUUGCGAAUUCAGAAUGUUCAGGCUCAACAAGGAAGUAAUGGACAGCAAGCUGAUAUGACAGGUUUCAGGGUUUGGCAAGAUGUUCCUGUACUGGUUAUUGUAAGCAUGCUUGCUUACUUUUGUUUCCUCGAACAACUUUUGGUUAGGAGAAUGGGUUCAGGUGCAAUUGCCAUUUCUCUUCCAUUUUCAUGCAUUUUGGGUCUGCUUGCAUCCAUGACAUCGACAACCAUGGUUGGAAGAAAAUUUCUUUGGGUAUAUGCUGCAGUGCAAUUCAUUAUGGUGGUUUCCUUUGCACAUAUUUUGUACUCUCUGCUACACAUGCAAGCAGUGGUAUCAGUCAUAAUUGCUACAUUUGUUGGUUUCGGAGUGGCAAUGUGUGCAUGUUCCAUUAUCUUUGAGAUUUCGAGAUGGAGAAGGAUGUUGCAAGCUCACUCAAAUUCCGAACCUACUGCUGUGGAUGUAGUUCAUGUACCAACGUCUAACACAGCUAACAUAACACAAGCGACUUCUAAUCAACCUGAAACUGUGUCCAAUAAUACCAACUCUCAUCAUGAAGGUUAAAUCGCUUAUUGAAUGUACAUAACUACAUAUCAAGCUCUUGUAAAGAAAAUACUUUCAGAAAAAAGGCUUUUUCGUAGAUAACUUACGUAGUGUUUCACAGCCUUCUCUGUGCUAGAGGUAAAAUGUUUAUUUAUUUAUUUAUUUUUUUAUUUUUUUUUUCUUUUUUUUUUUUUAAUGUAAUACGAAGUAUUAUGGAUUGUUUGCUAGGAAGUAGGUUGGGAAGCAAAUGUAAAUCGAUUGAUGUAGAAAAAUAUGUCGCUUAGUUCGCUUAGUUUUCAGGCCUUAUGGUCGAUGGCGCCUUUGCCCACCUCCUUUGGUGGUGUUUGUUGUCUUUUUUCCUUGUACAAUUUGGUGGCUUUGCAAAUGAUGUUUCGUGAGUGUAAUCUGCAUUUUAGAA